CAAAACACAUUUCAUCUCGGUUUCUUCCGCACAGCAUAGUACUUUACAGAAAUGGAGGAAUCGAACGAGAGAACCACUCUUCUGGAAAACGGCGAGCGUCUCACUUCGUCAUCAAUGUCUUCAAUAACCGAAAUGAGAUUUAAAGUUUAUAAGCGGAGGUGGUAUGUGUUAUUCGUUUUUACAGCAAAUGCGUACGUCUAUAACAUGGCAUGGAAUACAUGGGCUCCUAUCCAAGAACCGACCAAACUUGCCUUUGGCUGGACAGACUUUGAUAUCCUUUUGCUCUCCUCCUGGGCUGCAAUUUCACUCAUAGUGACUUCGGUACCACUAACGUGGUUAAUGGAUUCCAAAGGUCUGAGAGUGUCUGUGUUAUUAACAGCCUUUUUGUCAGUGCUUGGGAAGGUCUUUCAUGUUAUACCAUUUCAUGACAAGGAAGUGAGGACAAUUGUCAUCAAUAUAGGUCAGUUCCUUAUCAUGGCUGGAGGGCCAGUAUCCAUUGGUGGACCCCCCCUGGUGUCUGCAACCUGGUUUCCUCCUGGGGAACGCACCACAGCCACUGCAAUUGCUACAUUAGCUGGGUAUUUUGGUAUUGCUCAGUCCUUUGCCAUUGGACCUGCCAUGGUACCAAGCCAGUUUGUGCCAAGCAAUGCAAGUAAUUCAUCUUCUUCUGAUUGCCCUGAAAGACUGACAAGAUUAGCAGAUUAUCAGUUGACAAAGUAUAUGUAUUUUGAACUUGGGCUAUGUGCGCUUGUUUUUUUCUGCGUCCUUCUCUAUUUUCCAGCAAGACCACCACUUCCUCCAAGUCUCACAUCUUCCACAUCUCAGAGACUUAGCACUAAGACUUCAUUUCGAAACCUCACAAGAAAUCGGCCUUUCUGGCUGUUAGCAACACUAACUGGAUUAACGUUCGGAAUCUACUUUGGAUGGUUGUCGAUGCUGGACGUAUUCCUUGCAAAGUUUGGUGUGGAUGACAUUACCGCAGGAUGGCUGGGAUGUUCUGCUACCCUGGCAGGGGUGUUUUCUGGGAUUGCACUAGCCAGGUUUGCAGAUUACAUAAGACACAGAACCAAACAAAUACUGGCCAUGCUCUUAAUUUUAUCAACACUUUCCCAGCUGAUUUUCAGUUUGUCCUGUGCAGGAAUCUUGCCGUCCACAAAACCACUUCUAUACAGCUCAAUCAUUUUUGGUGGGUUUGUGUACAAUGGCACAUUGCCAUUGUAUUUUGAGCUUGCCAUGGAGUGCAUUUAUCCUGUUGGAGAAGGCAUUGCUGGAGGAGUUAUAAUUACUGCUGGAAAUGUAGUUUUACUCUUGUUCUAUGUGGCUUUUAUGACCCCACAGUCUGACGUGCGUUGGAUGAAUUGGGUAACAGUCUCUGGUCUUGGAGUUUGCUUUUUAGGGUUGUUGAGUUAUCGAGAAAGGUACAGUCGUCUUCAGUUAGACAUUCUAGAUAACGUUCCUUCACAAAGAAACCUAUCUGAAAGUAUAGGAUAAAAAGAACUGCAUAAUUAUUAUCGUUUUUCUUUUAAUGAUUCA